UAGAACACAUUGCUAAUCAGCUGUUUUUCGCGCUCAAAUAAUUGGCAAUUGGUGUUAAAUUCAACGGAAUAUAAUUCAAAUAUUAUCGCGAAAUAUUCUUGCUUAAUGCAAGGAAACGAGAUUUGAUAGAUCAUGACGGGCCUAAUUAUUGUGUCCAUGGACUUGGAUCCUGGUUACCGCAAAGCAAAUGUCCAUACUCUGCCAGCGCUUACCAGCCCAAUGGUUUUUAAUUUUUGCCUGGGCAGCAACGCCAAAGAAAUAUCGACAACAGAUAAAAACGAUUUAUUAGUGGAUUAUGUCCAAGUACGCCGACAAGGCGGAUGCUGCGAAUUGAAGGCUUUGAUAUUUUCCUCCUCCAAUUUUGCAAACACCGGAACUCAUGCCAAUGUAGAACUUAAAAUAGUGGAAACGCAGCGAAUCAUAGAACAUGGGCAAUGUAGUCUUUGCCCAAAUGCAGGAUGCUGUACCCAUAUAGUGACAUUCGUAUUCUGGCUUUUACAUAAGAGUUCAGAGCAGAAACCGACAGCUUUAGUGGAAUAUUGGGGACAUGAACUGGAAACACUGGUCCAGCCCGCUCCGACAAAACUCCUGCAGAUAUGCGAUAUGAUACCCAAAGACGAGAUACGCCUUGAGGCCGAGUUGGACCCCCAGGAGGGAUAUGGCCAGGCAUUCUUGGAAUCUGUUCUUGAUGAAUUGGCCAUUUGUGGACGGGACUCGGCCCUGUUUCGACAAUGUGUCGAUGCUGAGGAUGAAUUCGAACCUAUAUUUAUACACCAUGCAUUUUUGAAAGCUUUGGAAUUUAACAUAGUCGAUGUUCCCAGUUUGGUGAUGCACAUGGAAUUGCAGGCACAAGCUGGUCUCUUUGAUAAGCUCAGCGAGAUAACAAAAACUCAAUAUAAAUCCCAGCUCUGGUUGGAGGUGCAGUAUAUGCGAAUACGUUGCUCCAUGAUGCACUUGAUUGCCACACGCAAAACGCCCGAAGACGAUGAGAAAAUAUUUCAAAUGCUUUUCUGCAAGGGUCGCGAUAAGAAUCUUGAUGAACGCAUCCAGCAGAAGCAACACAAACGUUUCAUACUUAAGCAAACGGAGAAAUUAGAGAACAAAAAAUAUACCGAAUGUGGUCUGCUCUUGCAUGAAAGUUAUCCUUUCCUAUGCGGAGCUCCGGAUGGGAUUACAGAUGAUCAUUUGGUUGAAAUUAAAUCACCAAAAACCGAUGAGGAUUUUGAAAAGUAUUUGGAAUCUGGCGAAUCAAUUGCCCCGAAAUAUAUGGCCCAAAUACAAAUACAAAUGUUUUUGGCCAAUAUAAAGAAGGCUCUAUACUGUGUCUUGAGUCCAACAUUCGAAACAAGUGGUGCCCUUCAUUAUGUCUGGGUACAGGCCGAUCCGGAAUUCGUAAAUAGCCUCUUGACCAUGGCCGAAGACUUUUGGGGAAAAUAUGUUUUCCCACGACUCAUUAACAUUUAUCCACAAAUCACAUGAGUGUGAGGAGUCUCUUAACACCCUAACAAACCUUUCUAGUCAAUAAAUAUAUAAAAACAAAAUGUAAACUAUA